CGCUAACGUUAUCAUUGAAUGAUAUUACUAUAUCUUGUAUUUUUAGCGCAAAUAGCGACUCCCUGAACGCGCCCUCUGCAUGCUUUUGUGUCCUCCGUGUUUAUCGAGAAAGUUGACACAUAACAUAACCUAACGUUUCGAUCUCACAAACAAAACUUGUAUAAAAUUCAACAAGACAUUCAAGAACUGAACAAGUGAUAUAGAACAAAUACACAAUGUCGUUCCUUCGAGGAUCGGCUAAUUAUGUAUGGUGUACAACGAGUGUUUUAGGUAAAGGUGCAACGGGAGCAGUGUUUCAAGGCGUGAAUAAAAACAACGGUGAACCGGUAGCGGUAAAAACAUUUAAUCAGUUGAGUCAAAUGCGUCCAUUAGACGUGCAAAUGCGAGAGUUUCAGGUGUUGAAGAAAGUUAAGCAUGAAAAUAUUGUAAAAUUGUUGGCCAUCGAAGAAGAACAAGAUGGUCGAGGUAAAGUAAUAGUUAUGGAAUUAUGUACAGGCGGUAGUUUGUUCAAUAUCCUCGAUGAUCCCGAGAACACUUACGGCUUGGCGGAAAAAGAAUUUCUUCUUGUUUUGCGUCAUCUUUCCGCGGGAAUGAAACAUCUUCGUGACAAUAAUCUUGUUCAUCGAGAUCUGAAACCCGGUAACAUAAUGAAAUUCGUAGAAGAAGACGGAAGCACAGUUUACAAGUUGACAGAUUUUGGCGCGGCCCGCGAGCUGCACGAAGAUCAACAAUUUGUGUCUCUUUAUGGAACUGAAGAAUAUUUGCACCCAGAUAUGUAUGAACGUGCUGUUUUGAGGAAACCAGUGGGCAAGAGUUUUGGGGCUACGGUAGAUCUGUGGUCCAUUGGUGUGACGCUUUAUCAUGUAGCAACUGGAAAUUUACCGUUUCGGCCAUUUGGUGGACGUAGAAAUAAGGAAACCAUGUUUUACAUCACGACCAAAAAAGCUUCUGGGGUCAUAUCUGGUACUCAGUUAUCCGAGAACGGACCAAUUGAAUGGAGCAGUGAUUUACCUGACAAUUGUCGACUCAGCUUUGGUCUCAAGAAAAUUGUGACACCCUUGCUCGCAGGACUACUUGAAGUUGACAGACAAAAGAUCUGGAGUUUUGACAGAUUCUUUAGUCAAGUUACAGAUACUCUGGCGAGACGAGCAAUUCACAUUUUCCAUGUUCAUAGAGCAGAGUCAAUUCAAGUAUACCUUCAUCCAGAUGAAAAAUUGAUAGCUUUUCAGAAUUAUGUUCAAGAACAGACAGAUGUUGCAAGUCAUGCACAAAUUUUAUUAUACGAAAAUGUUCGACUCACUGACCGUCAUGUGGACGAAUCUACUCCAGGGAAAGGCUAUCCAACAACUAGCUUAGAAGAACCGCUUAUGUUGUUUUCUCGUGAGAAUAACAAUGUUACACUGAAAACUGAUAUUAUCAGCGAGGAACAAUCUGUUUUCCCUGUUUUUGCUAAUCUUGUGUCUGUUGAAAACGAUGCCAGUCAGGCAAAAGUAGCAUGCUCCGUUGGUCAUUCGUGUAAACGUCAAAUUGAUAAAAUCGCACUUUCAAGUAAAUUGUCGGAUGAUGCUGUUCGAGCUUUCACUACUCUGGUUUGCAAUCAACUCACACGAGUCCUCGAAAAAUCUAAUCGUGCUAAAGAACUCACUAGAGCUACAGAAAACACAGCCAGUGCUAUUGAAAGGAGUGAAAAUCUUGCAAGGGAUAUUAUUGAAAAAUAUGGUGAUGAUGAUGCUAGAGGCAAACUUGAACUAAAUAAACAUUGGCGACGAGAACUUGAAUCCAGAAGCAAACAACUCUCCAGCGAACUCGCACCAGCAAUCAAUCAGCUCCAUCAGAGAUACGUGAAGGAGGCCAAUCUUUCAAGCGAAUGGGAGAGUGGAAUCCGUCAAUCGAACUGUCCAUGGAAGAGCAAAGCUGGUCCAAGGGCUGCAACCCUCAUUGACAGACUGCGCGAUGGUUGGCAACACCUUCUUCGAGACAGAGCAACAAGAAGUCUAACGUACAAUGACGAACAGUUCCAUGUGCUGGAGCGCAUCAAGGUAACUGAAACCGGGCGUCGUAUGAAAGCGCUUUUGGAAUCCGAGUGCAUACCAUCGAUAACCCAGCGCUCGGAGUGUCUUGCAGAUUGGUACAAGAUGGCCCAAACAGUGUACUUACAGACUCAAAUACUGGACAAAGACACGAGUAACUAUCAACGUUCCCUUGACACGUACGCGUACAGGCUUUCGCAAGAGAGUACCGACCGACACGAGGCUCUGUCGCGUCUGAUAAAAAGACUGCCCGAGAAGCAAAUCGGCGCGCAUACGUGUACACUCUCGGGAUGUAUACAACAGCAGGAAGAAGGCACAAAAAAGUGGCAAAAUAUUUGUGACACGCAAGAGCAAAUAGCGCUUAUACUCGCUGGCAAUGAUUCGCUGGUAAAGCAACUGUUGCGGCUAUCAAUGCAAAACGAAAAAUUUGACGAAAGCAACGAUGACGAUAACGAGGAGAACGACGAUGAAGGAGCCGAUGAUCCGGUCGAAGAAUAUCACAUUUGAUGA